AUGACCAAGGUUAACCAGAACAUCUCCUCCUCCCGCCGCAAGUCGCGCGCGGCUCACUUCGGUGCCCCCUCCAGCACCCGUCGUGUCAUCAUGAGCGCCCCUCUCUCCAAGGAGCUCCGCGAGAAGUACAACGUCCGCUCCAUCCCCGUCCGCAAGGACGACGAGGUCACCAUCGUCCGUGGCGCCAACAAGGGCCGCGAGGGCAAGGUCACCUCCGUCUACCGCCUCAAGUACGUCAUCCACGUCGAGCGCGUCACCCGCGAGAAGACCUCCGGCCAGUCCGUCCCCCUCGGCAUCCACCCCUCCAACGUCGUCAUCAACAAGCUCAAGCUCGACAAGGACCGCGAGUCCAUCCUUGAGCGCACCAAGAUCGGCCGCGAGCUCCGCGUCAAGUCCAAGGCUACCGCCUAA